CGCGAGGCGUGUUACUUCCUGGCGUCCAACGUUGCCUUGGAGUGGUGCUGGCGCGGCUCCUCUCAUUCAGCUCUCCGCGGAGCAGCCCCGUGCAAGUCAAACCCCGGAUCCCAGCAGCGGACAUGUCGGACAGUGGGUGUCAGGAGCCCCCCAACGGUAGCGGGGGUAGCUCGGCGACACGGCCGAGCAGACCGCCGGUGGGCAACCGAGUGACGGUGGUGCUGGGCGCGCAGUGGGGCGACGAGGGGAAGGGCAAAGUGGUAGACCUGCUGGCUCAAGACGCCGACAUGGUGUGCAGAUGUCAGGGUGGCAACAACGCGGGACACACAGUGGUGGUGGACUCAGUGGAGUACAACUUUCACCUACUCCCAAGCGGCAUCAUCAACCCCAAGGUCACCGCCUUCAUCGGUAACGGCGUCGUGAUCCACCUCCCAGGCCUGUUUGAAGAGGCCAAAAAGAACGAGCGCAAAGGGAAAAGUCUCAAAGACUGGGACAAAAGGUUGAUCAUCUCCGACAGAGCGCACAUCGUGUUUGACUUCCACCAAGCCGUGGAUGGCGUUCAGGAACAGCUGAGGCAAGAGCAAGCAGGCAAGAACCUGGGGACGACAAAGAAGGGCAUCGGUCCGGUCUAUUCCACCAAGGCGGCACGCAGCGGCCUUAGGAUAUGUGACCUGUUGGCGGACUUCACACACUUCUCGGAGAGGUAUAAAGUCUUGGCCCAGCAGUACCAGGCCAUGUACCCCAGUCUGCAGAUAGACGUGGAGGGUGAGCUAGUCAAGUUAAAGGCUUACGUGGAGCAGAUCAAGCCCAUGGUGAGGGACGGCGUGCACUACAUGUACGAAGCUCUCCACGGUCCUCCCAAGAACAUCCUGGUGGAGGGAGCCAACGCCGCCCUGCUGGACAUUGACUUCGGGACGUAUCCAUUUGUGACGUCGUCCAACUGCACAGUGGGUGGCGUGUGCACGGGCCUGGGCAUGCCACCUCAGAACGUGGGCGAGGUUUACGGCGUGGUCAAGGCCUACACCACCCGAGUGGGCAUCGGCGCCUUCCCCUCCGAGCAGAACAACGAGCUCGGCGAGUUGCUUCAGAGCCGCGGUAAGGAGGUGGGCGUGACCACGGGCCGUAAGAGGCGCUGUGGUUGGCUGGACCUGGUGCUCAUCAAAUACGCGCACAUGAUCAACGGCUUCACAGCUUUAGCACUGACCAAACUGGACAUACUUGACGUCUUGCCAGAGAUCAAAGUGGGCGUGGCUUACAAAGUCAACGGCCAAACUAUACCGCACUUCCCAGCCAAUCAGGAGGUGCUGCUGCAGGUGGAGGUGGAAUACGAGACGCUGCCCGGCUGGAAAAGUGACACGGCGGCUGCCAGGAGCUUCCACGAACUCCCCGAGAACGCCCAGAAAUAUGUCCGCUUCAUUGAGGAGCACGUGAGAGUGCCCGUCAAAUGGAUUGGCGUGGGCAAGUCCCGGGAGUCAAUGGUCCAGCUCUUCUAGACCAGAAGCGAUCUGUUGACCUCCUUCCCAUCUCAUAUGCACACACUCACACUCACACACACACACACACACACACACACACACACACACACAGACACACACACAGACACAGCCUGACUACCUGACCGGACUCUCUGAUUUUUCUACCUGUCUGCUCUCUGAUUGCUGUCCUACCACAUAUCGCCCCAAGGCAGCCUAUCUGCUUCGCACCAGGAUUUUUCAUCACCGUUAGUCGUUUAUACCAGACCCUCGAUAAACCCACACCUGCUGUUCUGUAUUGUUUUCUAUUCUGACAGUCCAGGUUGACAGCACUUGCUGACAUAAAGGGAUCUUUUAAAUAUUUAACUUUUUAAUGUCACUCAACCAAAAAAGAAAACGUUUUUAAGUUCUUAGCUGCUGAUAACUUCCAUAGAAUGCUGCUGUUGUUUUCACAUACUUUCCUUCUUUUAGGUUUUAUUUUGAAAGGGGAGGUUUCCCCCUUUUUUAACCACUACAGAGAAUCCACUGUCACUCUUUAAGUCACCCUCUGCUUUGUUUCUUAUUGGUGUUACUGUUGCAGUUUUUCUAAUGUCACUGAAAUCACGCCUAUGGAUGCAGAGGAGUUAUCCUCAAGGAGUCAAAGGCCCAUCCUGGCAGUGAGACAUUAAAUCAUUGCUGUGCUUGUA